CUGCUAUAUCUUCAUGAAGCGGUGAACCAACAGGAAGUUUUCUUCUACCUUGUAAGCUAGUCCGUCAAAACGUGAUUCCUUGCAAGUCACAUAUCUCUCCCUCCUGAGGGGUUUGGGGCCUUCGAGACUAUCUAAAGUCAGUGGCCUCUGUUGCAUCUUACACACACCACAGGGUUGGGUCCUCACUCUGGGCACUUGUCCUACUUCUUUUCCCAACUGACUACUGCGAAGACGAAAGUCAACCUCCCUCCAGUGUUCUUCAUCUCCCUGUCUAUCGCUUCAACGUGGUUCGCACUCUUUUACACCAUCGGAAUGAAGGAGCAUAGACCUCUCUCAGUCUGAGGGGGGCGGAUGCCAACACGGCCAACACCCGAAAGUACUUUCCAUGUGCCGUGGAAGUCCGUGUGUCUAAUGGUCAUCGAAAUACUUACUCACACUCAUAUCACAAAUGUUUGGAACUUUUCGACGGCAGUGUAAGGUGGGAACGCAAGUGUAAUGUGAUAGCUACGUGACGGGCCCUGGAUUUGCCAAAGUGAUUGUCUCCUUGGCGUGGUCCUGACACUAGCUCUGGGAGUGGCGGUUUGGUGAUGUUCUUGCCCCCCCUCUGUCUCUGCUCCCCUUCGUUCAUUGACGCAUUAAAGACUCGGAGGACCUGGAACAGAACUGGACGAGGAAGGAUUCAUUUGUUCCUGGAAAAUUGGACAUGACGAGACAGUUGGUCGGAGACGUAAAGCGUUUCACGUGGAACUCGGCCACCGAAAGAUAUUCCGUCGUCUACAAACCCUCCUUUGCUGUGUGUCCAGCAGUAACAGAUCCUCUGGUGUAGCCAUGCAAGAUGCUGCAAGGGCUCUGCACACGGUGUUUGGUGACCUCGAUAUCGUCCCAUCUGACGUGGUUGCUGGACUCAUUCUGCUCAAGAGGGACCAGAGACGGAAGAGAGAAAACUGCUCCUGUCCUGUCUGUUUGAAGCACCAGGAAGGCUCUUGCGAAGUCAUUAUAAAAGAUCUGAGAGAGCUGACGUUUGACUACAUGCCAAAGUGUCAGAAACCAGAAGACUAUGUCAGACAGAAGCAGAGGCCAUUCAACUUUGAUGACCCUUUGGAGAGGGCUCUGUUUGAAGAUGUCCACCACUACAUGGGUUACAGUAUGGGGAUGUAUGGCUGGUCUCUCCAUGUCUUCCAGAACCCUCUCACUGGCCUCUUCCAUCUCGCCGCCAACACAUGUUGUCGGUGUAGUUACCGCUGCACCCACCCCAGAGCAGGAGUGGACAUAGUGAAUGAUGACAUGUGUCUCUGUGGACUGGCCACCAUGAGAAUACAGACCAAACGAUCAGAGGAAGACAUUGUCUAUGCCUCAUACCAGAAUGAUAUAUACCAGAUUCCAUUCUCCAUAGCAGUGGACCAUGAGCGUAAGACCGUUGUUCUGUCUGUUCGAGGCACUCUAUCAAUAAAGGAUGUCCUCACAGAUGUCAGUGUAAGUAUGGUCAAGGUCAGGAUACCAGGAAUCGAGUCUGACGAGCUCUACAUCCACAAUGGAAUGUACAGGACAGCCCAGUGGAUCAAGAGUCAGGUACACACCAGACAAAAGGGAGAGAGAGAAGUCCAGACGAUCAGUGAGAGUCGCGAGAACUUGGCCGAGGACAGGAAGGAGGGGGAAACGUGUCCUGACAAAGGGGGCAAGAAAUCAGAGAGUGGCGGGGAGGGAAAGCAAAUCUUGAGGACCACCAUGCAGAAAUACUGGGACUACAAGCUGGUGGUGACCGGGCAUUCACUAGGGGCAGGAGCGGCCAGCAUUCUCUCAGUGCUUCUGAAACCUGCCUACCCACACCUUCGUUGCUUUGCCUACUCCCCUCCCGGCUGCAUCUUCAGCUUGCCAGUUGCGCAACAUUCUGAGAGCUUCAUCACAAGUACUGUCCUGGGUAACGACAUGAUUUCAAGGGUCAGCUUCAGGGCUCUCCUGUAUAUGAAGAGGCAGGUGGAACAUCUCCUUACAAACUGCCAUAAACCCAAGUCCCAGGUUCUGUUCCAAGGCCCAAAAGCAGAGAGAAUCUUCUCCAAAGUGACUGAAGAUCCAACAGUGUCACUGGAUGAUGUGAAGGACCACCUCAUCCCUGACCAAAAUCCACUCGGCAUUAGAGAGAUUGUCUUCGCCAAGAAAUUUGCCAAAAAAGUAAAGCAGAAUAUGCAGAGGAAGAAGACACUGCAUCUGUACGUCACCAACAUCAAUGGAGGAGAUCACAUAGCCUCGUUCCCACCCGGCAGAAUACUCCAUAUGGAGCUCACCAGGAAGGCCAAACCACUGUUUCUGGGUCUGUGCUAUCCAAACGAGAUGAAGCUUACUUGGAAAAGUUUCGAGGAUUUGAGCACCAUAUCUGUGGACAAGGGAAUGGUGGAGGACCAUCUGCCCACUUCAGUAAUGGCUGGACUCAAGAGAAUCAAGGUGCAGUACAUAGGCCACCGCUACGAUCCAAAAGAAACAGAGAGAAUCAGAAUCGAUGCACAUGAAAAGUACCGACAGAGGGCGACUGCUCUUAGGAGGAGAAAGUACACUGCCGGGGAAUCGUUUGAAGGUGGGGAUGACGGCAGUUCAGGAACGGUUGAUGUUGCUGUAACACUGGAGGAAGAGAGACCCAAUGGUGAUUCUUCUGGUCACAGACCUCAAGGUGCGAAAGCCCAGGCUCUUGGGAAGCCAAAAGCUACUCAUACAACCUUCUUCGGUCAGCCAGAGGAGAUAGCACUCGAGAUGGUGACACGAUGACUUCAAUAAUAUACAAUUAUCGAGCAAACUACAUAACCUGUCAUUGAUAUUGUGUUCAAACCUACAUUCAUGUUAUUCCUUCAGUUUGACGGAACAACACUAGCUAGCUCUGACCCAAGUGCAUUGCUGUCUGUUUGUGAUGCCUGAGAUGUAUACACACACGUAUGGGAGAU